AUGGACGCCCGCAAGAAAAAGAGAAAGGUUCUCCUGAUGGGCAAGAGUGGCUCGGGGAAGUCAUCUAUGCGCUCAAUCAUUUUCAGUAACUACGUCGCCAAAGAUGUGCGCCGCCUAGGCGCUACCAUUGAUGUGGAGCACAGUCAUGUCAAGUUCAUGGGCAACCUCACAUUAAACCUCUGGGACUGUGGAGGACAAGAUGCCUUUAUGGAAACAUACCUCGCCUCCCAACGUGGGAAUAUCUUCUCUGACGUUGCAGUACUAAUCUACGUCUUCGAUAUCGAAUCCCGUGAAGUCGAACGUGACUUGGACACAUACAAUGCCAUCAUCCAAGCUCUCCGCGAGUUCAGCCCCAAUGCCUACGUCUUCUGCCUCGUACACAAGAUGGAUCUCAUCCAAGCCGAGCACCGCCAACGCAUCUAUGAAGAGCGCUCCGCGCUAAUCCGCAGCCGCUCAGAGCACUUCCGCAUCGACACCUUCGGCAGUAGUAUCUGGGACCAAUCGCUAUACAAAGCCUGGGCGGGAAUCGUGCACAAACUCAUCCCGAACCUUUCCGUAAUCGAGAGAUUCCUCUCUGCAUUCGCGAAGAAAAUCGAUGCGGAGGAAGUUAUUCUCUUUGAGCGCUCAACGUUCCUUACCGUUACAUCCGUGACAUCGGAAAUCGGCGAGCUGAACCCGAUUUAUGAUCGCCAUGAACGUCUCUCCAAUAUCAUGAAGGCGUUUAAACACUGCGCGGCCCGGAAUACCCUUACCACGCCUGCAUCUGCGGGCUUCGUCGUUAUGCAUACCAAAACGCCCCAGUUCAAUACUUUUCUUGGCCGUUUCACUGAUAAUACAUAUAUUUUCCUUGUCGUACCACCGGGUGAAGCAGCGUAUAACUGUGCUGUGCUGAACACCAUGCUUGCUCGAGAAGGUUUCUCGAAAUCUGCUUCUGCGGGCCGAACAGAUGGAUUCCCACUUCCUCCGCCUGAGACGGAAGAUGGGGCGAAUGGCCAUGCUACGUGA